AUGGACGUUUCGUCCUCUAUGAUAACGUCGUUCGGGUCUUCAAAACCUGGGGGGGCAAUGCUUAUCUGUGACUUGAGUGUUUUUGGGGGAGGAUCGGUAAGUGGUGUGACUUGGCAGGUUGAGACAGGUAAGAGAGAAGGUUUGACUGCGGGUUGUGCUACUGAUGUUGGUGUGAUAACUGCUGAUUGUGGGAGAUUGUUGUUUUUUCUAGGUUUUUUGUUGUUGGUAUCCAUGAUGGCUGAUUUACUUGACAAGGUUGGGAGAUCCCCUCCUUCUAGCGCCAAUUGUUCCGGUAUGAUUUGGGAACGGUUGGAGAUGUCUUGCUGGUUGAGUGCUACUGUUAUCCUGUUGAUAUCCUGCGCAGAUAACAAAGAUGAACUAGCCUCGAGGAUACUUGCAACAUGUGGAAGAAUUUCUCAUCCUUCUUCUUGCCUUAGGAAGCUAUAUGUUGAGCUGGUCUCGGUUUUGUUUGAACGCAGCCACAUCUUUGAACAAGAUGCAUCAUACUCCAAUGAAGCCGAAGAUGAAAAUGGAGAAGAUUCUGAAGGUGGAAAGGAUAUUAGAAAAGGAUCUAGCUUAUUCAGUACUGACAGUAUUCUGUGGGUUUUGCCAUCAGAUGACCUAAUGAACCCCAUGGUCCAGGUUUUUCUUGAUGUUUUGCGGUUGAAUGCAAUAUUUUAUGCACCAGAUAUAGUGUGUGCUGGGCAGGAUGACCAAACAUUGCCUUCAAUCCCCAUUACUCCUAUUGAGGAAGAAGAUCAACCAGAUCCCUCGUCUGAUUCUAUUACUUGUCCCAGUGCUACUACUAAGUCAUACCCGCUGGUGGGCCAAGGUGGGACAUUGGCUGAUGGAGUAGCACGUUGUGGUCAAGCAGAUGCAUCAAAAGCUGUUCUUACUGCUGUGGCGAAGAGCAAUGAGCAGAUUGACCACGACCUGCUUGUAAAAAUUCUAAGUAAUCCGACAAUUUUAGAACAGUUAGUUAGGCAUCAAGGUCCUCAAAGUAUCCCCAAGCCUUUAUCUUCUGGAGCACCCGUGUACAGGAUGGAUACACCAGCUCCUCCUCCUCAGUAUAAUAAUAUGGAAACAGGAUCAUCCUCAUCCCCAAUUAUGAUGUCAAAUGGGUUAGUAUACCCGUCUACUAAUGGUACUAGACCUAUGACCCAUCAGCAAUCAAUCCCACCGCUCUCUGUACAGUCUGGUUCUGGUUCCCAAAUGAAGGACCUCAACUACUAUAAGAACUUGAUUCACCAACAUGGAGGAGAAAGGCAAGGCGAGCCUCAACCUCAACCUCAAGCUCAACCUCCAUUUUCAACCCAUCCCAUUCCCAUCCAUCAUUCAGGAAUAAUAGAUCAAGAAGUAGAUAAUUCAAAACCAAGGGAUGCAAAACAUAAGAUGAUGAAGCCUUGUAUUUAUUUCAAUAGUUCAAAAGCUUGCAGACAUGGUGCGAAUCGUAUUUAUCAACAUGACAUGUCGCUCCAGCAACGGGUUAGUAGCAUCUCAGAAAUGCAGAGUGCAAAGAGAAUGAAGAUGGAUAGAGAUAUUAGAGGACCACAGUCAUACAGUUAAGUUAAUCUGAUGAUAAUUUCUUUUUGGUUCCAGGAGAUUUUCUUAAUCAAUCUCCUGAAAGAAUUGUGCCAGAUU